CCACCACCGCGCCCCCCCACCGUGAUGCCUGCGGCAUGAGCGCCCCGGCCGCCGCCCGAGGCAGCCCUCCCCGGAAGGCGCGCGCGCCCGGGGUGGAGCCGACGGCGGCCGACGACGCGAGGCGCCGAGUCGUGGUCGACGGCUUCGAGAAGAAGGCCGGGGUCAAGCGCCCCAUCGCCGAGGCCCUCGAGCGCGGGCUCCACGGCGUGGCGUGCCCGGGCGGCGAGCCGCUGUCCGACGGCUCGUCGGCCUUCAAGGCCUACAAGACGCAGUACAAGCGCCUGUGCACGCACCUCCGACAGAACGCGUCCCUCGCCAAGAGGCUCGCGUCGGGGGAGCUGGCCGGGGAGCGCCUCGCCGCCAUGGGCGACGAGGACCUCAUGGCCACGGAGUGGCGCAGCGAGCUGAUGCAGUUCCGGCAGGAGUCUCUCCAGGAGGCGCUGGGCGUCGCCGCCGAGGACUCAGGGCACUGGACGCCGUCCGAGAACUACGCCUGCCCCCGGUGCGAGGGCGAGAAGUGCAUCUACCUGCAGUCGUUCAAGGGCUCGCACCAGUACGACGACAACAACAUGGAGCCCGUCAUCACGAUACGGUGCACGGGCUGCAUGCACGUCUGGAAGGAGGACGACCAGGAGGGAGGCCGCCUCGCCUCUGGCAGCCUCAUCGUGGAGGACACCGCGCCGCCGCAGGCUCCGCCCGCGCCGAGGGCGCUGCGGCAGUCGGAGGGGACGACUGCGGUGCUGGGGCAGGUGCGCGAGGCGCCUGGGGGCGAUGAGAAACGGCCAGCAAUCUGGCGUGACGAGGGGCUUCACCGGAGCUGGCUGCUGCCGAACGCGUCGGGCUGA